AACUCUAUCAGCCACUAGCGUGGCUGUGCCUGCAGGCUUAGACUCUGAGCCCGGGAGGCUUGUGAACAGUCAGACAGGCUGGGCCUGUGGGGCUCAGAGAAGGACCGACUGGUUGGCCUGGAGGGACCAUCCUCUGCAGAAAUGGGAGUCACUGUGGAUGUGCACCAAGUGUACAGAUAUCCAUUUGAGCAAGUAGUAUCCAGCUUCCUCAGAAAGUACCCUAAUUCCAUGGAUAAAAAUGUGAUUGCUGUGAGAAUUGUGGAAGAACGAACAGAUGCCUCAACAGGGAUCAUCUACAGAAAGAGGAUUGCAAUCUGUCAGAAUGUAAUUCCAGAAAUUUUAAGAAAGGUGAGCAUUUUAAAAGUGCCAAAUAUCCUGUUAGAAGAGGAAUCAUGGCUCAAUCUGCAAGAAAGAAAUAUGACUAUAAGAAGUCACUGUUUAACUUGGACCCAAUAUGCAUCCAUGAAUGAAGAUUCUGUCUUCAGGGAAAGCUUGGAAAAUCCAAAUUGGACAGAGUUCAUACAAAGAGGCAGAAUAUCAAUCACUGGGGCAGGAUUUCUCAACUACAUAUUAGAGACUUUUGCCCGUACUUUUCUAAAGCAGGGCGCCCAGAAGGGAAUUAGAAUAAUGGAAACUCUUCUAAAGGAACAGUGUGGGACCCCUUUACCUGAAUAAAGAAUGAUCAGAGGAGUUGAGUCCACGUCUGCAUUUUCCAGAGAACAAUGCACUUAUUGCUACUGCAUUUUCAUAACGUUUGGAGUGAGGAGGGCUCAAGGAUAUGACAUGGACAGCUUGAAGAAAAGGAAGACUUCUACAAGUAUUUCAAAGGAUACACAUAUUCAGGAGCUUGGGUCUUUUUCCAUUUGCUAAAAGAAAAUGUGGCUCUUGGUAAUAAGUUCAUCAAUUUGAACUUUAUUGGAAUUUUAUUUUUUUUAACUUUGAAAAUGAAAAAGAUAUGGUGUUUAGAAUAAUGUUAGCUAAUUUGGGAUGUCUGGUAUUGUUGUAAUUCUUUUAUACCAUAAAAGCAGCAGAAAUUGAUGAAGACUAGAUAGUGGUCCUCCAUGUACACAGGCCAGCUCUAUAGCCAUAGCGUCAUGUGGAUUAGCAAAUUUAAAUUUAACUCUUACAAAAGAGACUGUACUUUAGACCUGAGAUGACCAGUAUUAGUCAGACUAUUGUUGAACUGUGUUAAAAACAAUUACUUUCAUUGGGCAUGCAUUAAAAUGGUUUAAUAUCCUUUUUAUAACCCUCAAAAGAAGCUUCUUUGCCCACUUUCUUACAAUAACCAUUUUAUAUUCUGAUAUUAGAGCUAAGUUUAUGAUGUUUAGUAGAGCACUUGGUUGAAUGUAAGGAGACUUGAAUGCUCAUCCUGAAUAUAGCCAUCAGAUCACUUAGUUGAUUUUAAUCUCAUCUGUUAAGUGGAAUAAGACUUGCCUAACCAACCUGAUUGGGCUGUUGUGAAGGAAGGAAAAAUACAAGCAUUUAUUGUGUCUAUUAUGUCAGGAAAUUUUAAGAACUUAACAAAUGUUAUUUACUUUUAUCUUUACAAUCACCCUGGAAGGUAUAGUGCUAUUAUUAUCCCUAUUUUAUAGAUGAUGAAACUUGGGGAAACAGAAAUUAAAUUACUUGACUUGGAUCACAGAACUACUAAAUGGCUAAGGCAGGAUUUGAACUCCAGGCCCAAUGCUAGAUCAAAGCAGAGGAUAGAUGUGAAAGUACUUUGAAAAGAUGAAGGAAAUACAAUUAUUUCAUAAAGACUACAGUACAAUAUUGCACUGUCCUAUGAGAGGGAGACAAAAUAAGUAAAAUAUAAAUGAAAUGUAUUAGUGGCAUUCCUAACCAAAGACUUAGUAAAUAAUAACUUUGAAUUCAUUUUAGGAGAAAGAAAUUGGACCAUCAUUGACAAGUCUUGGAAGAAUCUUCUUUAUUUUUAAUAUUUAAACUUUCAUGUACUUCACAAAGUGAUAAUUUUUAAAUUUAUUGUUCUACUCAUGGCAAGUUCUCAAUUGUGAACUAUAUUCCUUAUUAUUUGUUUGCAUGAUUUUUGUUUCUUAGAAUAAUUUCCCCUUAUUUUCUGGCUUUAUUACUCAGUCUCCUGUGGUACUGGAAGGAAAAUAUGAAUGAAAAAACUUGGAGUUUACUUUGACUUUUUCAUUUAUAACAUGUAGUACCUGGACUUAUGAAAUGAUCACCUAGUUCCAAAUAUAAGAUGUGAUAAUACUGCUAUUCCAAUGAAGCUGGAUCUGACUUCUGUGACAGAGGCUGGCACUAGAGAAAAAGUGCCAGACUGAAGAGUAUGUGAAAUUGAUCACCUCGAUGGGGGAGGAGCCCUAGGAGUGGAAUCCUGAGGAGAGAUAUUUUGCUAACUGUUUAAAAAAAAAGAGAGAAAGAGGGAUAUAUACCCCAUGAGGGGAGGGGGGGCUUGUACUUUUGGUAUGGAGAGGGGAAAGAGAGGAGAACCCCCCUUCCACAAAGUGGGGUUCAAGGGAGACAGCAGAUGUAAAGGUUUGGCUCAGAGAGAGGAGAGGGGGUUUGAAGAUUUUUCUCCUUCUGCCUUCCCUCCUUAGCUAAAGCUGCUCUCCCCAAUUCGCUCUUGUCCCUCUUGUCCCCCUCCACUACUCGAGACCAAAAGGUCUCCCUUUGAUAUGUUCACUCACUCUCAGCUUGGGGAACAGAUAACUUUUUAAUGAUAAUCCAAUCAGGUACUACAAAAGGAAAUAAAGGGCAGGGAAGAAUGGGAAAAGGAAAGUGGGAAAAGGGGGUCCCUGUCUCUAUCUAAACCCUUUCCCUUCCCUCCUAGGGUUUGGGGGGAACUCAGGCCUUGGCAGCCUGAGCCCCCCGAGAGAAAGUCAGGUUGACUCACCCCUGGGCAACAGGAGCUGAGGUAAAGUCUGCUCAGGUUUCUCUUCAGAAAGUCCCUUCAAUUGGGAAGUGUUGGGGAGAAAGGUUUACAGACAUCAGCAGGAAAAGUGGAUAACCCUCAGGAGAAAGUCUUUAUCCAUCUUCUUUCUUCGACUUCUCAAGAUGGAGAGACCCUCUCUGCUCUCCCAGCCAGAGUCUUCUCUCCUCAGAAUUCCACUCCUGGGGCCCCUCCCCCAUCAAGGUAAUCAAUUUCACAUACUCUUUAGUCUGGCACUUUUCUCUAGUGCCAGCCUCUGUCACACUUCCUUCCUUUUCUGAAGAAUUUAAGGUCAUUUACAGAGUUUAUUUUAUUCCCUUUAAUCUGACCCCUUUGAUGAAGGGAGAUAUCUUUACUAUUAUGUCCAUUUUCGAGAUGGGGAAAAAACUAAAAAAGACCUUAAGCACAGAGAGGCAGAAUUUCCAUUGCAAUUGAAUUGCUUCAGGAGUUUGAAGGUCAGCCAAAACCCCACCAGUUAUAGUAGUCCUUUGCAGAAUUGUUCCUUCUAAUUUGCUGAGUUUCAUCCUUAGAUGCAUUCUUUCCUCAAAGGUCACAUUUAUAGUAAGGUAGAUCUUAGACUUAUGAUAAUUAUUUUUGCCUACUUAUUUAUUUUUAAAGUUUUUUUUUCCCACAAAAUCUGUUUUGAAAUUCCAUUUUAAAUUGAUUAUAGCCUAUACUUUAUUUUAAUUCUACAUACCUGUCAUUGUUAUGUGUUUAGAAAUUUGAAAGUCUUUAUUUGACUGUCCUGUUUUUUUUCCCCAUAUCUCAAAACUGUAAUUUGCAAAAAUUAGAAUGAUUUGAAAGGUGUCAAUUCUGAAUAGCUGUUUUGAAUAACAUUUAAUCUAGUUGAUGAGUUUAGGGCCCCAAACUACAAACUAAAAACAAAACUAUGAAAGACACCUUUGCUAAUCUGUUCAGCUAUACAAUCCAUAUUUCUGGUUGUUUUUGAGGGCUUUGUAAUUGAUUCAGUUAACUAGUCAAUACAGAUUUUAGUUCAAAAUAUGGCAAAUCCCAAGUAUGAGAAAGGCUGAUUUAAGAUUUUGCCUUAGAGGUAUCAGUUAGUGUUUUAUAUCCAUAACACUUUAUUCAUUCAAUCAUAUAUUGAUGAAAGGUGCUAUAGUUAUACAUAAACUGUAUCAUGUAUUUUAUAUCCAGUGACAUCUUAUCUGACACCUUGACAGAAUAAGAUAUUCCACAUAAAUGAAUUUUACAAAUGACCAAAACUUGCCAAGGGGUGAUCUUUGAAGUUUUCUGAUUGAAAUCUUGCCAAAAUGUAUGACAUGUUUCAUACAGUGUUCUAAACAUAGUUUUAACAUUUUGUUGUUGGUCAUCAUCAUGAACAUCAGUAGUUACACUGUUCUGUAAUAUGAUGAAACCUCCAGGUUACCAUCAUGGUAUAUCAGGGUAUUUUCUCCUACACUAAAUGGUGCCAGAUUGCAAUUUUUUAAAAAAACACUUUUGCUUGUUGUUUUUUUUUUCCUUCUGGAAUUUUACUUAAAGUCAGCUGCUACUUUUUAGGCUCCAUUUCUAAUAUGUAGGAGCUGGAAACCUCAAUAAUUAAGAAUGUUAUUAUCAUAUAUAAAAUAGGAAUCAAUAGUUUCUAUUGGCCUGAGGUGCUCUCCUUAUGAAUUUGAAUUUAUGGAUAUCAUGACUGCUUUUUUCUUUAUAUUGUCUCCUUGAUUCUUUUCUAUAAUGAGGCUGUAUAAUUUAGGACCAUAGAAUAAUAGAUUUGGAACUGGAACAGAUCUGGGAUACCGCCUAGUCCAUAUCUGAGAUGUUAAGUGACUUAUCCAUUGUCAUGUACAUGGUAAUGAUUAAAUAAGUGACUUUCAGAUAAGCAAAACAUUCUGUAAAUUAGAUAAUUAAAUCCACUGAACUAUUUUUGAUUGUUUUCUUUUAAAUUUUAAAAACACAUUCAAUCAUGUAUGGAUUAAAAUUCAACUGAGUAUUUCUCAUAGCAAGACUGUUAUUUAUGUACUUAGAAGAUGCCUGAUGAGGUGUUUUGAUUCAGUGUUACUGUGAUUUAAUGAGGAGAAAAAUCUGUUGAAUACUCUGUGUUUUAUCCUUGAAAGGAAUAGCUAAUAACAUUGCUGUCACUAUGAAAUAAAGGUGUUUCAACUACUA